AGGGGUGUCAGAGGCGUGGGUGUUUCAACAUUGGAUCUCAAAGGCUGUCUUGUCUGUCUUGUGUCAGACGGCCCGAACCUGCAACCUGCAGUCACUGCACCUCACAUUUGUCAUCUGUCUUCUAGAGGGCUUCUCUCGCUUGCAACUUUUCACCAAAGUCGGCAUGAGAAGUAAUGAAGCAAGAUGCACCGGAUCUUAGAAGUUGUUUCGAUAUUGUCCCUUCACUAAAAACGGCGAACCGGGCACAGCUGCUUCAUUCAUCCGAGGUUCUCGUGGACACGAGAAGUAAAGCUGAGACAGGACGCCGAGGUUGACGGAAUCAGAGAAGAAUUCCAAGCGGUGAUAUCGAACUAGGGGCCCAAGAUGAUACCCCUAUGGACGUGGCGCCGGGUUGAAACGGCGGCCGACUACGCCGACGCGGUGAUUCCGCUGGACGAGGCCCAUCUUCACAGCCACGGGUACCGGUCGAGGCAGGGGUCCGAUCCGGCGGGGCAGCUGGAUGAUGAUGCCUUUGAGGAGGAUGAGCGAGGCCGCGACAAAGACGGUGAUGGGGAAGGUACAGGCAUGCUCCUCAUGAGCAGCACAGGCAGCGAGUACAGUGUGGAAGGACUGAGGCGAGAGGUAAGGAGGGAUGGACGGGGUGAGAAGUGGACAGCUUAUGAGAUGAAAUCUAGACUCAUCAACAAGGCGAUCCAAGACAUCGGGAUGGGGAGGUAUAACUGGCAACUGUUUGUCCUUUGCGGAUUUGGAUGGUUUGCCGACAAUCUCUGGAUGCAAGGUGUCUCUCUCACGCUUCCAUCUCUGUCAGCCGAGUUCGGCAUCUCGGAGAAGUCGGUCCGCUAUACGACGUCGUCCUUGUUUGUUGGGUUGUGUCUGGGCAGCUUCUUCUGGGGCAUCGGCUCCGACAUCCUGGGCCGCCGCUUGGCGUUCAACGUAACGCUGCUGAUCACAAGCAUCUUUGGCACCGCGUCGGCAUGGGCACCGAGUUGGGGCAGCGUAUGCCUCAUGUAUGCCGCCCUGGGGUUCGGUGUGGGCGGCAACCUGCCCGUAGACGGCGCUCUCUUCCUCGAGUUCCUUCCGGACGCCUCCAGUUCCCUCCUCACCCUGCUCUCCGUCUGGUGGCCAGUGGGCCAGCUGUGCUCCUCUCUCUUUGCCUGGUACUUCAUUGCCCAUUGGCCGGCCGACCAAGGAUGGCGCCACUUCGUCAUGACCAUCGGCAUCAUCACCUUUGCCAUGUUCCUCGUCCGCUUCUUCCUCUUCCAGAUGUUCGAAUCCCCGAAGUACCUGCUCUCCAAGGGCCGGCAGGCAGAGGCUGUGGCGGUUGUGCAAGGGAUAGCAUUCAAGAACAACAAGAAGACGUGGCUGACGGAGGAGAUACUGGACGCCGUCGUCGACGAUUCGACUCCCCAGGUCCGCAGCCGGCUCUCCACCACAAACAUCAUCCGAAACAGACUCGCCUCCUUCUCCGCCGAGCGAAUCCGGCCGCUAUUCAACAACCGCAAACUGGGCAUCACCACGUCGCUCAUCUGGUUCUGCUGGGCGACCAUCGGGAUGGGGUAUCCGCUGUUCAACGCCUUCCUCCCGCAAUACCUCUCCCACGGCGGCGACAACAGCUCGUCGGGCUCUCUCGCGUCCGAGAUCACGGGCGAGACAUACCGCAACUACGCCAUCACCAGCAUCGCCGGCGUGCCGGGAAGCCUGCUCGCGGCCUACACGGUCGACGUGAAGUCGCCGUUCCUCGGGCGGCGCGGCACGCUGGCCACGUCGACGCUCGUGUCGGCCGUGUUCCUGUUCCUCUUUGUCCAGCUGGGCAAGUCGCCGUCGUCGCAGCUGGCGUUCUCGUGCAUCGAAGCGUUCGCCCAGAACAUCAUGUACGGCGUGCUGUAUGCCUUCACGCCGGAGAUCUUCCCCGCUCCGGUCCGCGGGGCCGGGACGGGCGUUGCCAGUUUUCUGAACCGCGCCACGGGCUUGCUGGCGCCCAUCAUCGCGGCCACGGUGCCGGGAGACGGAGCGACCACGCCGGUCUAUCUGUCCGCGGCGCUGAUUCUUGCGGCGUUUGUGGGCAUCUGCAUGAUUCCGAUCGAGACGAGAGGGAGGCAGAGGCUGUAGUUUAAUGGUUUGGGGAUAUUACCAGCAUCGCGUUGGGAUUGUUUUCCUAGUAGGCGGGAUUCGUUCUCUCUUUGGAUACCAUACAAUAUAGGGCAGUAGC